GCUGAAGAUCUACCAGAAAUCAGCAAUGCCUCAGUUUGUCCUGUAGAUGCCAAGGAAGAACUCUUGAAUGAAUGUGAGGGUAUUUGGAAGCAGAUGGAAGAGUGUCAGAGCAAACUAAUGCUUCUAGAAAAGGAAACACUACCAUCAGAUGUCAAGGUAAGACAGUUAAUGAUGCAAGUGAAAGCUUUAACAGCAGAAUACAAUCAAUGGCAAAAAAGAAGUCCUGAAAUAAUAUCUACCAAUCCAGAUGUACUGUUAGCAUUAGGAAUGGAAGAGUUGCAGAAAGUAAAGAAUGACCUUGAAAUGGUGCUGUCAGUACUUAAGUUAAAGAAUAAACAACUGGAAGAAGAUCUGAAAAGAGAACAGCAGUGGCAUGAGGAACAGGAGCAGUUACUAGAUCUUCUUAAUGGACUUGAAGAAGAGACAAAAACCCAAGUUGAACAACUUUCCAAAAAAAGAGCAUUUCAUGAACUGCGAAGUAAAACGUUGAAACUGAAGGUAUAUAAGGAAACAAUCUUGAACGCUCUGGGUGAAUUCCUAGAAGAACAUUUUCCCCUUCCAGAGAAAGGCAAAACUGCUAAAAAGAAGAAUUAUUCUGAGGAGUCUGCUGUAGAACUGUUAACGCUGCAUAAAAUUUUGGAG